GUGACCAUUCUCACGUGGACCAAGACACGCAGAACAGAGUCCUGAAAAUGGACAUCGUUGAGGACACUACACAGCACAGUACACGACAGAACAGUACACGAGGUUUAACAACAACUCCUCUGAAAGUAGUCGACUGCAUCAUUUACAGGGGACGAGGACAAGAAACAGAUAAUCUUUCACCAGAAGAUGAUGUUCCUCCUGCUUUCUCCGAACAAACGUCACCAGAAAUCGAAAUUUUCGGAGACUCCCCAGAUCUUCCAACCUCUAACAACAAAUAUCCUACACUAUUAGACCUGUCAGAAUCCUCUAUCUCAGUGGAGGAGGACCACGACAUGGCUUCGCCUGAACAGGUUGUGAAGAAGGGAAAUAAUUGUAGCAAAAUUCGCGGAGGAGAAGAAAACAAGGAUUUGAGGUUUACUAGUGUGAUGACUAGUACAACUACCAAAGAAAAGACGACACCAGAACCAGAUGAAGCCCAAGCUCAAGUCCCGCCCGCAAAAAAAGUUCACAGCUUCAACGAAGCUCCUGUCGCGAACAACAAGGUUUCAGCCAGACCUCAAUCUAGUCACGUCGAGUGUCGAGACUUUUUGAAUGUGAAAAGAACCAGGUUUGAGACGAGACCUGCUUCUGCGUAUGCCUCACGAGGAGUGAAAACUACGCCUAGAGGGUUGGAGCGCUUCGGUGUAUCAUCUUCAAGGAAUCACAACAACUAUGCGGGAGUUUACAACAACUUUGGUGCUGGUGGUGUCGCUGUCGCGUCAAUUAGAAAGGGAAGGGCUCUCUUUACAGGAGGGGGGAUGAUCAUAGCGGGUGCUAGUGCAGGAGCUUCCGACAGAGGGAAUGAUGUUGUACCUGCAGCGGGAGACGCGUUUAUUGAUCGACCUUUUCUUGGACCUAAUUCCGUUCUCUGCGUCUCGUCCAAUGCCACGACCGUCACGUCUUCGGGUGCCCCCCUCUCUAGUCGCCAAACAAGCAAAAGGUUCGUCGCUGGUGGCAGGGGAGGUGGUUUGUUCGGUCGUGGAGGUGGUGGUGGAAAUGCUGGUGUAACGAGGAGCACUAAAAUCCGUUCUGAUCAUGUAGAGAUUCGAGCAAGGUCUGGAGGUGCUGCGGAGACCACUAGAACAAGUGAAGAUUUUUGGCAGAAUGCUGGUGCAGGUGCAGCUCCUUGUUCUGAGGAUUUGAUAGUAGGAGACCAUCUAGAUUCGAAGAGUAUUCGACUGACGCCAAGGCAGAGGCUGUCUGGAGGUGGGCGUGAGAGCAAAGGUGGUGAAGUAGGAGCCAAUGUUCUUCUUGGAGGCGUGUCUGGUAUCAACGAAUACGAAAGUGGUGAUGUGAUCGUAGCUGUCGUAAAUGGGAACGCUAAUAGGCAAGAACAAGAACAACCACUACAGAGGCCAGAUAGCCCUUUCACGAAUGCGCGCAUCAGCGCAUUAUUCAUGAAAGAGGACAGUAACAACAAAAAUGUUUGCGUGAUGGAUACCAACUUUGCGAUGAUGCCAGAUGACGAUCGACCAGCGCAAGUUCCGGUACUUCGACGAGAAGGUUCUGAGGCUUCAAAGGAAACAACACUUAUAAAGAACGAACCAAAUGCACAUGACUUCCCAUCUUCCUAUACCACUGCUUCUAAAGAAAGGCCAAAGUCGAAGGAAAAAUCUCUUCUAGACUACGUCAUGG